GUGACUGCUCCCUAGAUUACGCGGAUUAGUUCAUACAUAUUGAUCUAGUCGUCGGUUCACUUCUUUGCUGCUUUAAUUGGGUGUAGUAAAAAGGCCGCAUCCCCUGGGUGCUCGCUGGUCUUCUUGCCUUCCGCUGCAGGAAAAGACUGCGUUUGCCGAAAAAAUAAACAGAAGAUAGCGAGAAUGACCGAGUACGACUGGGAUAAGAAAAAUACUUCAGCUUCAAAUUCAGACAAGGAAAUGAAAGCUGAACAACUGCCUUCUUGUGUCAACCCCGGCAAUCCUGUGUUUUCAUGUAUGUUGGACCCAAAGACACUCCAUACAGCUACUUCACUAUCAAAAUCUAAGAUGAUUAUGUAUAAAACCAAUUCAAGUAGUUAUGGUGAAUUUUUACCUAUGCCACAGUUUUUCCCCUGCAAUUAUACUCCAAAGGAGCAAGAAUUUACAAACCAUAUCAGAGCUACUGGACUUUAUCAAAAUAACACUCUAAAUACUGCACCUGACAGAACCAGAACCCUUGAUUUUCCUAAUUUUCAACACACUCUAUGAAAAUAUAUUCCUUUGUAUAUUUAAGGGAAAAUAUACUCAGAAAAAAAAAUGAGUUUUAAAUCUAAGGCUGGAAUACCUAAUUUGGAGUAUAAAAAAUUUGAAUUAAAAAAAAUACUUUUAAGAAAUAAAGCAUUUCAACUGAUAA